AUGUAUUUGAUGAUCUUUGAAAGAAGAAACAAAAUCAACCAUCAACACGAAGAGAGUGAGAUAUUCGUAUCGGAUAUCCUAUUCAACACGACCACCAAUCUCUCACCAGGCAUGUUUAGUAACAGAGACCAAGACAACAUCAUUGGAGGUUAUUUGGUAAAAUAUCAAUCCGAUCUUUCAAAAACCUAUUUCAUGGUGUGUGACCUAUUCCGUUAUCUCAAUCUACCACAAUACGAUCAAUAUCCAACUGGUCAAAAUGUAAAUGAUCAACAACAAACAAAUGAAAAUAAUAAUAAUAAUAAUAAUAAUGGAGGUUCAAAUACAAACAACCAAAAUAAUUAUAAUAACAAUUACAAUUAUAAUCAACAAAAUAAUUAUGAUCAAACUCCAGCUCAACCAUCAUCAAAUGUAAAUAAUAAUUUUAAUUAUAAUAGUUAUAAUUAUGGUCAACAACAACAACAAAAUCGUCAGCAUGAUGAUCAACCACCUCCACCUCCACCAACCCAGCCACCUACACCUCCACCAACUCAACCACCUCCACCUCCACCAACUCAGCCACCUCCACCUCCUCCAACUCAACCUCCUCCCCCACCUCCCACUCAACCUCCUCCACCUCCACCAACUCAGCCACCUCCACCUCCACCAACCCAACCACCUCCACCACCUCCCACUCAACCUCCUCAAAAUCAUAACAAUAAUAAUAAUAAUAAUAAUAAUAAUAAUAACAAUAACAAUAAUAAUAACAAUCAUAAUAAUGGUGGUGGCCAUAAUGGAGGUAAUAGCAAUAGUAACAUUAAUUAUAAUAUUAAUUCAAAUGGUAAUGGAAAUGGAAUUGGAAAUGGAUUUUCUAAUUUAUUCCCUCCAAAACAACCAAACGGAAAUGGAAACUUUAAUUUUAAUUAUAAUCAAAACCAAAAUAAUAAUCAACAAGGCGGUGGAAAUAGUCAACAAGUUCAAAUCCAACAACAACAUCAAAAUAAUAAUCAAGGUAAUAAUGGAAAUAAUAAUAAUAAUGGAAAUGAAAACUUUAAUUUUAAUUAUAACCAAAAUCAAAAUAAUAAUCAACAAGGUGGUGGAGGAAAUAGUCAACAAGUUCAAAUCCAAAAACAACAUAAUAAUGGAGGUGAUAAUGAAAACUUUAACCUUAAUAUUAACGGUAAUGGAGAUGGUCCAAGUGGAAUACCGAUGGAUUUGAUCAAUUCAGUGUUGGGAGCAAACAGUCCAUUUGCAUCAAUGUCCAAUAACAACAACAACCAACAAAACAAAUUCAUCCAAUUGAACGAAUCGUCCAUAUCCAACAAACUAGUUGAAACCAAGGAUUAUUUUACACGCCAACAAUUCUAUUUGUUGCAUACGUCCAACAACUUUUAUUGUGCUUCCAAUGAAAACGAUUGUAAUCCUCGUGUGAUUGCCAUCAACAUUAAUAGUGAAGGAGCUGCCUACUUUAACACUAUCAGUGAGCGAUACACCCACGAUGUUGCCAUGAUUGACAAGGCUUGGUUCUUUGGACGGUUGAUGGCCAGUAACAUGAUGGUGCGAGCAACCACCAUCGACAGCGUCUCGUUGGCUAUCGAACAGGUCUAUGUCAGACUGCCCGACUCGUCCUACUUUAACCAAUGUGUUGAAGACAAUGUCACAUGUAAUCCAGGCUUCAAGCCAGUUUAUGUUCGUGACAAUGAAAGAUGUCGUCGAUUCGAAGACUGUGUUCCAAUCACUCCCCAACAUACCUGUAACAUGGUGGCUCCUCGUUGUCCAAUUGGAUAUGUACCUGCCUCUAUUCCUGCGAAACCUUCAGGUUGUCCUAAAUGGUAUUGUGAUUGUGAAUUCAUUACAACCAUUACUACCAAAUAA